UUAAUUGCAAAUAAAUUAAAAGGCAAUGCGCUAAAGUGGUUACAUUCUCGAGAUGACUUGAUUUUAAUGCCAAUCGACAAGUUCUUAAAGGAAAUGAGCUCGCUGUUUGAAGAAAAAACAAGCAAUUUGAUGCUAAAGAAAAAGUUUGAAAUCAGGCAGUGGUUGACUACCGAAUCGUUUCGAGAAUAUUUCCAAGAAAAACUAAUUCUGGCAAAUAGAAUUCUAAUUGGUGAAGAUGAACUUGUAGAAUAUCUAAUUGAUGGUAUUCCGGAUAACACUUUACGUUCGCAAGCUAAAAUGCAACGAUUUCAUGACAAAUAUGAAUUGUUAGAAGCGUUUAGAAAUAUUCAAUUGCCACGAUAUAUAUCAAAGAAAAUGACAGCAGACAAUCAACAUGAGCAGUCGAAUAAUGGACAACAAACAACAAGAGUCGUGAGAUGCUACAAUUGCAACUCCGUUGGCCAUUUAGCAAGUGUAUGCCGAAAACCCAAACGAGAGCUUGGUGCUUGUCAUGUAUGCGCUGAAGUUGGCCAUUUAGCAGCAAAUUGUCCACAAAGGAAGAGCCGCCCUGUACAACAUGUCACAGAAUUGAUGGAAGGCGAUGAAUAUGAUCAUUAAUUGAUACGGGAAGCCCCAUUAGCUUUGUUCGCCAACAGUUCGUACCAGAUGUAGUAAUAAACAGAAAGAACAAUGUAUUUUUAAAAUAUAGUGGUAUAAACAAAAGUCCAUUAUCUAUUGUCGGAAAUGUAAA